AGCAGCAUGUGGAACAGAUCCUGCUGGUGGAUGGCGUGCUGAGACCCAGCAUGGGUAACUUCAAGUCCCGGAAACCCAAGUCCAUCCUCAGAACCGAGAGUGGCCGGAACCACGGAGAAAGCCAGGAGACAGAGCAUGUGGUGCCCAGCCAGUCAGAGUGCCAGGGUGGAGCGGGGACACCGGCUCAUGAGAGUCCACAAAAUAGCAUCUUCAGGUGCCAGGAGAUGGUGCGACUUCAGCCAAGAGUAGACCAGAGGGCUGCCAUUUGGCCAAAGGAUGCUUUUGGAACUCAGCAGGACUUCCAUGAGAAUUCCUUGCUGAAGCUCCAAGCCCUCGAAUCUGAUCUGUGCUCCGCGUUUCUGACGGGCCAGGAAGAAGAUGGCCAGGUGCACGGAGUUAAGGACCCAGCCCCAGCUUCCACCCAGAGUGUGCCUGCCGACAACGUGGAUUCUGCAGACCCCGUGCCAACUCAUAAAGAUGCGCAGAGUGACGCCGAUGGAACACCAGAAGUCCUCCAGUCUGCAGGCACCAGCAGGCUGCUCUAUCACAUCACUGAUGGUGAUAAUCCGCUGCUGUCACCACGAUGCUCCAUCUUUAGCCAAAGUCAGAGGUUCAACUUGGACCCUGAGUCAGCCCCUUUUCCACCCAGCAGCCAGCAGUUUAUGAUGCCAAGAAGCUCUUCUCGAUGCAGUGGCGGCGAUGGCAAGGAGCCCCAGACCAUCACACAGCUCACUAAGCACAUCCAGAGCCUCAAGAGGAAGAUUCGGAAAUUUGAAGAAAAAUUUGAACAAGAAAAGAAAUACCGGCCCUCACACGGGGACAAGACUUCGAACCCUGAGGUUCUGAAAUGGAUGAAUGAUUUGGCUAAAGGACGCAAACAGCUCAAAGAACUGAAGCUCAAGCUGUCGGAAGAGCAAGGGGGUACUCCCAAAGGCCCUGGGAGAAACCCGUCCUGUGAACAGCCUCCAGGGCCCAGAGAAAAUGGCAAGUUGGAACCUGUGGGGCCCGAGCCAAGCUCCUCUGGAGAGGAGACCUCAGACGUGGUGAUGAUGGAGAGGAGAGAACAGGUUCCUCCCCAGGACGAUGUGAAGGUAACUAAGCAAGACAAGAACCUCAUAAAGCCUCUUUAUGACCGAUGCAGAAUUAUCAAGCAGAUCUUGUCAACACCGUCCCUGAUCCCAACAAUUCAGGAGGAAGAGGACUCUGAUGAAGACUGUCCACAGAGAAGCCAACAAACUUCUUUACCAGAUCCAGUGUCCCGUCUUCCUGUUGGUGAUCACCUCACCUACUCUGAGACAGAGCCUAUGAGGACCCUGCUACCAGAUGAAAAGAAAGAAGGGAAGCAACCAGUUCUCUCCAUGUCCAACUUACACGAGGCCACCAUGCCAGUCCUUCUUGACCAUCUCCGAGAAACUAGAGCUGACAAGAAGAGGCUAUGGAAAGCCCUGAGAGAAUUUGAAGAGCAAUUUUUUAAACAGACGGGAAGAAGUCCCCAGAAAGAAGACAGGAUGCCAAUGGCAGACGAGUACUAUGAAUACAAGCACAUAAAAGCCAAACUGAGACUAUUAGAAGUCCUCAUCAGCAAGCAGGAUGUGGCCAAAACUAUUUGAAGUUUGGCUCUGAUCACUUCCACCCAAGAUAAAGUCAAGUUUAUUUUCCUCUACUGUUCUUGCUAAGUAGUUUUGAUGUACUGAAAACGAAGCACUUUAGAGAUAGUAUUAGCUGUUUUUACAAAGGAAGAGAUAGUGUAAUUAUACACGAGAAGGGAUUUCAAUAGGUAAAUAACAGGUAAUAUUUGGAUCAGCAAAAACAUUCAGACUACUCCACACCAAACUGAAAUCCAUAGUCAAAUGUAAUUGUUAAAAAAAAAAAAAAA